CCUUGAGAUUGCUGUGGCGUUCGACUCCCCCUAACAAUCAUCAAUCCGCCCCAAGUCGUGAAGCCAAUGCAUGAUUUGCUAACACAUGAUCAUGUUGUCAAGUCAGAACAAUGGAGCAAUGAUUGUGAUUACAUAAGGCAAUGAUGAACUGAUUUUCAUCAGGCAGGUUGCAGUUGAGGGGCGAAGAGUUUGCGACAGGAACAGACAGGACUAUGGGCUAUUGUCAUAUCUGUAACGGGCCGAGCUCUGCUGUGCUCUCCGAUGGCGGGGCAUUCUAGCCGUAAUGUUUCUGCCCGUCCCGUUGCUGGUGUGGGGCAGAGCUUGGGUGCCCGGGGACGGGUCCGGGCUCAAGGGUCCCGGGAACUUCGGAAGACAGCCGGCGGGCUUAGCAUGUGAUAAUCGGAGCAGUGGAGAUGAGACGGACCCGGCAACUUGGUGCUGCCCCGUUUUGAUGCUGCGUCUCGACGAUGACCCAGGAAUCCAGGUGAGGCCGGCAUCGCGCCGAACAAAAUUGGGCAGAAAGAUUGGGGAAUGGUUGAGAGGAGCUCCUGAUUUCAGCGAAAUUCUGCUCGCGCGUGAUACGUCCGAGUGCUUUUUUGAGUUUCGCGGACUUGGAACUCGUUCAGUCCGGGGGCGCUCACCCGCCCAACCCUCUUUCCGAAGUCCCAAGUUUCCUCACUCCACCGUGCCCCCCGCCAGAGACUCAGACAAGAGACCAGAGACCAGACCAACGAACCUUCAACGUUGCGUAAAGAAGGUAUUGACCAAUCGCUGGAACUCUGGUGCCAAUCCCCGCCUAAAGUCCCGCAAUAUUCUUGAGGUGUCUGCUGGAGGCUACGCGGGGAAGAACGCUGCCGUUCGCCGUUUGAUCAUCAGGCGGUUUGCUAAGAAAAAGACGCUUGUCUAUUGGGAGUUGCCCCCAAGUGUCAGGACCGUAUGUAAAGAAAGGGAAUUGAACCAACAGGAGCAACCAACGCCAACCCCAGAACACCCACAGCAACAGUCAUCCCAUCUGCAAGUGUUUGUUGCAGGGAUGCCUAGUUUCAGCGACGUCAGGAUCUUUGCCAAGCUACUCCCUGAUGGGAAAGGCUCGCUGACCCGAAGCAGCAUCAGGGAUGUACGCGGUGUCGCCGGCGAACACUUCUAG